AUGAGGAAUCAGGAGGAAGAACAGAUGGCAGAAUGUGACGUGACAGACAGCAUCAUCACCGACGUUCUGGAAUACCUGGAUCAAGAGUUGGACACAGUCGGGGACGUGGAAGCUUCAGAAGAUGAGCGUGAGCUGAUGGAGCCUUGGGAGGCAUCAAGGUCUGAGCAGAGACCUCAGACCAUCAGCUGGAACCCGACACAGGACAGACAGACCAAAGUCAAUCCUGACAUGAAGAAGCCACCAAAUGCUUUCAUACUGUUUAAUAUGGAGCAAAGACCUUUAAUCUGCAAAGAGCUAAAAGUGAAAGACAGCGCCACCAUCAGCAGGAUGCUCAGUGAGAAGUGGAAAGCUCUGAGCAAGAAGGAAAAGUCCAAGUACACUGAAAAGGCUGCUGAACUGAGAAAACGCCACUUAGAGAAGUUCCCCAACUGGUCCGCCAAAGACAACUACGGUAAAAAGAUGAAGAGGGUCAUGGCCACGCCCACCAACUGGAUGGAAGGUAAGAUGAUGUUACUGUCAACAAGAAAGUAUUUUUAUCUGAAAUGUAAUAUCAUUAGUUUGUUCCCAAUUCUGUGUGUGGUUCCACACUCCAACACAAUAUUUGAGUGUGUUGGAAGUCAGAAUACUCGCCUCCGUCCAAGAAGUCUCGUCUGA